GCGUUUCUAACCAAGAAACAUUAAGCGGUCUGUUUGUGUCACGGUUUGUGUCGCCGUGCGUUUUCAAAGUUUAUUCUCCGAAAUACUAACAGAAAACAUGUCUGAUCGUGAUGUGGAACGUGGAAAAUUUUACGGCAAGAAAAAGUUUAAUGCCCACCGAAGUGACCGCGAUCAAAAACAGUUUGGUCGCAAUCGCACCUUAUUCAAAACUGAUAAAGAACCCAAACCUGACGAUGCAGAUGCAAAAAAUAAAAUGAAGCAUCCACAAAUUUUAAUUAAAGCCAGAGAGAAAAUUGAAGAUCAUUCCUUAUCACCUAAACAUGUUAAAGAAAAAGAAGAAGCAACAAGCUCAAAAGAAGUGUUAGCAACAACUGAAUCCAAUGUGCAACUGUUUCACACUGCCAAACAAAUGCACAAAGCAAUAAAACUUUUAGAUGAUGGUAUUUUAUACUAUGACAGCCUGCAGGAUUACACCAAUGACACAUCUGACUUUCUGGUGAUUGGUGUUAUUGGAACUCAAGGUGUAGGCAAGUCAACAGUUAUGAAUAUGCUGGCCACAGAAAAAUUUCACACUGUAAACAAGAGUCAGAAUGGGUGCAGUGAAGCAAAAGCUAGUGAAAAGGGUCAGCAUUGUAUUUUCAAGUUGGAAACUGCAGAUGAUUAUGAGAAUUGUUCUCAUACCACAAAUGGGAUUGACAUGUACAUCACUGAAAAUAGGACGAUUUUACUGGACUGUCAACCAUUUCUUUCAUCAUCAGUAAUGGAUGAACUCGCUCACAAUGAUCUCAAGCGAUCAAAUCUCCUUUCCACCGCAGAACAUUUCGGCGAAUUGCAAGGCCUUCAACAUAUUGCGUUCCUUAUGUCUGUAUGUCACAUCAUAAUCUUCACGCAGGACUUCUUUAUUGAUCCCAACAGUGUGAGGUUUUUAUUAACUGCUGAAAUGUUAAAACCAACUAUGACUAACAAUGAAGAAGAAUUUCUGGAGCAGUGUCCACAUCUGCUAAUUCUACAUACAAAAGCACCUUUAGAAGACUUCACCCAGGCAAGAUUCAAACAAAUUCAACACACAUAUCGCAACAUAUUCAAAAGUAGUAAGUUUCUGCUAGAGUCCAGUUUGGGAUUGGGUACGGGGAAAAUUAUUCCAACACUUAAUGAAGAAAAGUGUGGAGCGGCAAUAAAUUUGUUUUUAUUGCCCGACUUUGAUUCUUAUGAAGAAAGUAUAUGCCAUGGUUAUCCACCCCUUGAGCAACUCGUAAAAACACUCCGUAGAAACUUAAGUUGUGUAACUAAGUUUCCUCUUUCUCACGUUCCGCUCACCGAGAAAACAUGGCUCUCCUACUGCACCAAGGUGUGGGACCACGUUAAGAAAUCAUCGUUUUAUGUCGAAUACGCUAAAGUCUUGCCGUGAGCGCAAAUAAACAAUGCAAACAAAUGGUAAGCUAGCUUAAGAGUUAUUUCGGUAAACGUUUCAUUUCGUGCGUCAACCACAAUGCUUUGGUGAACAAAAUCAACGAUCCACUCUGGUGUAAAGAUGCAAUGGAAACUGGCACGUAUGUGAGCAGAGUGGUAAUGCCAAGCGCGACUUGUAACCACGCCAUUGCAACGUACGCGUUUACUGCUUUCCUGGCGCGCGGGGGUAACAUACGUUUACGGGAAACAAGCCAGAGUGCAGAGAUAAGCGUCAAGGACGUGAUUCCCAAUAUCCUGUGGUCCAACUGAACAGUAGUCGGAUUUUCGGUGAAGUUUGAAAUUCUCGGUGACAUUGCGAACGCGUCUUCGGGCACCCACUUGUCGCCCAUUUUCGGGAAUGAGUUGUAGACCAAACCAGCAUCGAGCCCAGCAACAAAUGCGCCUGUAAUUAUUAAAAUAUGCAUUAGAUUCGGUCUAAACGCGUUUGAAGUAUGAAAAAUAAAAACAACUGUUGUGUGCACUGAUAAAAGCUAUGAUAAAAAUGUGACCAUAUGUUAUUAUACAUUUAUGAUUUGAUAA